GAGGCGUAUUUUCGUCUUUUUGUUUAAAAAUGAUCGCGGGGAUACCAUUGCUCGCUAUUGAGAAACACAGCAAAACAAAAAGAAAGAACAGGAGGAUUGAGAAACAGCGAGGAGAGAGCAAUGGCUUCGGUUAGGAAAUUAGGGUUUUCUUUGCUAUCAAAUGUUCACAGAAGCAACAGCGCCAUCAGUACCCGAAACCUUUCCUCUCUUGUCAGCGCCCACACUGCGAAAUGGAUGCAGGACACUACCAAGAAAUCUCCAAUGGAGUUGAUCAAUGAAGUCCCUCCCAUCAAGGUCAACGGACGAAUUGUUGCUUGUGAAGGAGAUAACGACCCGGCUUUGGGGCAUCCUAUCGAAUUCAUAUGUCUCGACCUAAAAGAACCGGCUGUGUGCAAGUAUUGCGGCCUACGCUAUGUGCAGCAUCACCAUCACUGAUUCAUGGUGAAGUCUAUCAAAUGUAUGUGGAAUCAUACUAUUUUAUUUGUACUUUCCAAGAAACCUUUUUUUCUUUUACUGUUUAGGAUCUCUUUAAUUUGUAGUAAGUGUUAAUAAAAAUAUUGAAAGAAAAAAGUGUUUGCUUUCAAAUCCUAUGCUGUGGACUUGAAAUUUGACAUUUAUUUGUUUGUCUUGGAUGGCAAGUUUCUGUUGGAAUUAUCACA